AUGGUUGUUGUUUACUUUGCAGCCCUUCCUCAACCACCCAAGGACUUUCGCAAGACAUUCUUCCCCAAUAAGGACUUCAAGAAGCUGCUGGACUUGCCUGUUAAUCACCUGCUAGACAUUCUUCCCCUGCUAGACAUUCUGCUCCUGAACUACAUCACCACCUACAAAUCAACAUUGCCCGACGUCCCUAAAAAGAGCAAGUCUCCACCCUCAACAACAACUCCUCAAGCCGAGUCAUCAUCAAGGCCAGACCAGGGAUCAACCUUUGACCCAGCAAAAUGGCCAUCAACCUCUGCUCCACAACUGAUUCCACGUUCUCAACGCAAACGCCGAAGUCGAGCUCCACUGUUCGCACCAGCAGGCAGGACCCGUAGCCGAAGACACCGAAGUGCUGAGGCGUCAUCUUACGAUCCAGCCAAUCCUCCUAUUGCCCUGCCAGCAAUUCACUUCGGCACAAGAGUCACAGUUGCCACGACCUCCGACGAGAUGGGAUUCAAGAAGGCUGUUGCUGAAGACCUCUUAGCCGACAUCCCUAAUGUUGUCACGGUGAUCCAGCAUGCCCACUCCUUCGUGAUGCAAGCCUUUGACAUUAAGAAGGAGUUGGCCCGUAAGACCAAGGAAGCUGUUGGCUUGGUCAAAUCGCUGAACAACACCAAGGCCAAGAUAAGAGGGCUAAUAGACAAGGCCAAGACAGCCAAGCAAGCUCAAGACGAGGCCAAAGAAAAGGCCGGGGCUGCAGAGGCUGUUGCUGAGGUCCUGAAGGUUGAGAAGAAAGAGGCUGAAGCUAAAACUGCCGAAGCCCAAGCCGAGCUCCUCGCUGCCUUGGCCACAAUGGACGCCGAGAUCAAAGCGGCAGACGAGAAGGAGUUGACUGUCCCGGAGGACUCUCCUCUUAGAGAUGCAGGCAGACUUGAGCUGCCAUUCCCAUCUGCUUCAAGCCAAUCUGAGGCUAAGGCUGGAGAGGAAGAAGAAAAGGAAGAAGGAGAGGAAGCUGAAGAUGAAGAAGCCGAGGUGGUUGGUGCUGAAGAUCCUGCUGGGGAUGAGGAGGACGAGGUCUCAAAAGGUGAUUCCCCCCAGAAGACAACAUCUGAGGUGCCAAUCGUCGAGAAGAGCAUCAAUCAGACUCUACAAGAGAUCGACGCCGAGCUCGAGGCUGAGAAGGCUGCCGAGAAGAUUCUCCAGUUGUCUUCUGGGGCUGAGACAAAGCUUGCCACUGACGCCGAGUAG